CCAACGCAUGGCCAUGUUAUCAUCAGAAGAGAAGAAAAACACCAACGACAAUGGUGUGAUUAUCAAAUAUUACGUCGAAUCAGUGAAAAUUCGUUCCAUGAAGAAAACAAAACCGAACGAAUAUCUUAGAAAUGAAGAAAAGCAUGGCUAUGAAUAUGAUCGUCGCGCUAACCUUCUUGCUCAUUCUCGAUAUCUUAGAAAUCCAGCGUCGGAAACGGUUUCAUUGCCGGUUAUUCAACCAAGACCUAAACCUAAAAGCAAGUUUAUAUCUUACCAACCGGUUCGAAUCUGCUCGUGCUCGGCUUCGAUGGAGACAGUUCCGAGCUUAACUAUCCGGAGCAGAAAUGAACUCAAGGAGAAAAAAGAAGAUAACCUAUCUGAGAAGAGAAAGUUUAAUGAAAAAUACUCUCCCAAGAUUUUGGGUAAAAUGAACAACCUAUGGAAGCAGCUGUCAUGCAAAGAAAUAUAGUGGUGUAGAAGAAAGAUUAAUUCUAUGGUGCUUGGACAAUACUAUUGUACUGUGCACUUUUUUUAUUGUUAGAUUAAUAAGUUUCAUCAUAUUUCAUGUAAUUUAAUGGUGAAAUUUAUCGAUUUAGCGGUGUAAACAAAUUUAUAAUUGAUACAACAUUUUUCUUAUUUGUGCACCAUAGGACUAGGUAGAAGAAGAUAAUGGUCUUGUAUUUGAAUACAGUGUUUUAUAUGUAUUUGAAUAUUUGAUAAUGUUCUCAUAAUUUUAAAAAAACGGAGAGAGUGGUGCUAGUAGUGUAGUGCAAAAAUAUGUCUCAGAAUGUUGGACAACCUUGUCUUUAUUAGAGUCCAGCACAGCACAUCAUUACCUGCUUCCAA